AGAUUUUAAUUUUUUCUUUAAACAAUCAUGGUAAGAUAAUGAGUUCUAUUUGUCUAGGCUAGAGGACCUAAGAAACAUAUGAAAAGAAUCACAGCACCAAAAAGUUGGAUGCUUUCAAAGUUGGGAGGAAAUUGGACCACAAGACCCUCAUAAGGACCUCAUAAGUUGAGAGAAUCAAUCCCAUUGUCUGUUAUAUUGCAACAUAAAUUGAAAUACGCUCUCUAUGCUAGAGACGUCUAAAUGAUUCUUGCUGAUAAGGAUGGCAAUAUUAAAGUUGAUGGAAAAGUGAGAUCUGACUUCGGAUACCCAGUUGGAUUGUUGGGUAUUAAUUCGUUUAUUAUUCGUAAAUCAGAUGUUAUUACCAUCGACAAGACAAGAGAGAGUUAUAGAGUGUUGUAUGAUGUCUAAGGAAAAUUCAUUUUAAAAUCCAUCAAACCAGAUGAAGCUAAGUUCAAGCUUGUCAAGGUUACUCAAAAGAAGGUUGGACCAAACAACGUUCCCUACAUUGUUACCAAUGAUGCCAGAACAAUCAGAUAUCCAAACCCAGAAAUUCAUGUUAAUGACACUCUCAAAAUCGAUUUGGAAACCGGCAAGGUUGUUGAUUUCAUCAAGGAAGAACCAGGUAAUCCAAUGCAAUUACAAUAUUAGGAAAUAUUUGCUAUAUUGUAGGAGGAAACAACAUUGGAAGAGUAGGACUCAUUCAACACAGAGAGAGACAUCUUGGAUCUUUCGAUAUUGUUCAUGUCAAGGUAUGGAUUGAUGUCUAAAUCUUUCUUAGGAUUCAAAUGGAAAACACUUUUCCACCAGAAUUAACAACAUCUUCACUAUUGGUAAAGGAAAGAAACCCUUAAUUUCACUCCCAGAUGAUAAUGGUUUGUAUUUGACUGCCCUUGAAAAGAAAUAAGCCAGAGAACAUCAUGAAGAAUAAUAAAAAUAAUGAUAUUUUAAAAGUAUAGUACAUAUUUACGAACAAAAUAGAUAAUUAUGAA